AUGGGAAAAACUGUUGAUAAAAGUUGGGCAUCAAUGAAAGGUGGAAAACCAAUUGAUCAACCUUUAGAAUUCCUUGAAAACUAUCCUAAAGGAAAGGCUUAUCUUCAUCCAUUAGGAGGUUCUGAUGAAGUUAGUGGAAGUCAUAAAGGUUAUUGUUUAUCGGAAUUCGUAGAAAUUAUGAGCAGUUGUUUAAGUAUUGCAAACUUCUUAAAUCACAUCGAAGAUGAAAAAGAAAAAUCUGGCAAGUUUUCAUUGGGUCAUUUCUUUAUUGCAAUUAAUGUAGAAGCCUUCAGAGACUUAAAUGACUUUAAGAAAAACGUCGGUGACAUAAAUCGUACUCUUAGAAACUCCGCAAAACUACCUACCCAUGAUCGUAUUUAUACAGCUGGUGAAAAAGAAUAUGAAACUGAACAACUCAGAAAAUCUUUCGGUGAUAAUUUACCUUUAGUCACUAUUAAUGAAAUGAAGGAACUCUCUUCUUUCUAUAACGUCCCUCUUCCUUUUUAA